ACUGAUGGUUUCACCCACUGCAGCUCUACGACUUUAGGGGCGCUACCAUUAUCUGGCCUGAAAGGGAGGGUUCUUUCCGGAUAUGACACCACAUUGGCCCGGAAAAGGAGGAGAUCGGGGCAGUGGAACCUCCGCGGUGGCUAUGGAAGGAUCCAGCUACAGGGUGGUAUUUGAGAAGGGAGGUGUGUACCUGCACACCAGUGCUAGGAAGCACCAGGACCCGGACUCUCUCAUCGCGGGUGUCCUCCGUGUGGUGGAGAAGGACAGCGACGUCCUUCUGCACUGGGCUCCGGUGGAGGAGGCUGGAGACCCUUCCCAGAUCCUCUUCUCCAAGAAGGACUCAAGUGAGCCCAGCACCACAGACGAGGAGCCUACCUUUGACCCAGGGUAUGAACCUGACUGGGCUGUCAUUAGCACAGUGCGACCACGGCCCCACCCAGCCGAGCCCAGGGGAGGUGCAGAGCCCAGCUGCCCCCGGAGCUCCUGGGCCUUCACCGUGAGCCUGGGGGAGCUCAAGUCCAUCCGCAGGUCCAAGCCAGGCCUCAGCUGGGCCUACCUGGUCCUGGUGACGCAGGCUGGGGGCUCCCUGCCUGCCUUGCACUUCCACAGAGGAGGUACCCGAGCCUUGCUGCGGGUCCUCAGCCGCUACCUGCUGUUGGCCAGCUCUCCGCAGGACCCCCGCCUCUACUUGGUCUUCCCCCACGACUCCUCUGCCCUCUCCACCUCCUUCCAUCACCUGCAGCUCUUUGACCAGGACAGUUCCAAUGUGGUGUCACGCUUCCUCCAGGAUCCCUACUCCACCACCUUCAGUAGCUUCUCUCGAGUGACCAACUUCUUCCGGGGAGCCCUACAGCCGCACCCUGAGGGAGGCUCCUCCCCUGACCUCCCUCUGCUGCCAGACGAUGAGCCAGAGCCUGGCUUCGAGGUCAUCUCCUGCGUGGAACUGGGGCAGCGUCCCACAGUGCAGCGGGCUCCUCCAGUCACGGAGGAAGAAUGGAGCCGCCAUGUGGGUCCCGAUGGUCGCCUGCAGAAUAUCCCUGAGUUGAAAAGCCGGAUCUUCUCAGGGGGUCUCAGCCCUGGCCUGCGGCGGGAGGCUUGGAAGUUCCUCCUGGGGUACCUUAGCUGGGAGGGCUCAGCUGAAGAACACAGAGUGCACGUAGGGAAGAAAACGGAUGAGUACUUCCGGAUGAAGCUGCAGUGGAAGUCUGUGAGUGCUGAGCAGGAGCGGAGGAACUCCCUGCUGCACGGAUACCGCAGCCUCAUUGAGAGAGACGUGAGCCGCACCGAUAGGACUAACAAAUUCUACGAAGGCCCUGAGAACCCAGGGCUGGGGCUGCUCAACGACAUCCUCUUAACCUACUGCAUGUACCACUUCGACCUGGGCUACGUCCAGGGCAUGAGUGACCUCCUGUCCCCAAUCCUCUUCGUUGUUCAGAACGAAGUGGAUGCCUUCUGGUGUUUCUGUGGCUUCAUGGAACUUGUGCAUGGGAACUUUGAAGAGAGUCAGGAGACUAUGCAGCGGCAGCUGGGGCAGCUCCUGCUGCUUCUUCGCGUACUGGAUCAGCCACUCUGUGAUUUCCUGGAUUCCCAGGACUCGGGUUCCCUGUGCUUCUGCUUCCGGUGGCUGCUCAUCUGGUUCAAGAGGGAAUUUCCCUUCCCCGAUGUCCUUCGGUUGUGGGAGGUGCUGUGGACUGGGCUUCCUGGCCCCAACCUGCACCUGCUGGUGGCCUGUGCCAUCUUGGACAUGGAGCGGGACACGCUAAUGCUGUCUGGCUUUGGCUCCAACGAAAUCCUUAAGCACAUCAACGAGCUGACCAUGAAGUUGAGUGUGGAAGACGUGCUGACGCGGGCAGAGGCCCUGUACAGGCAGCUGACUGCCUGCCCAGAGCUGCCACACAACGUGCAGGAAGUCCUGGGGCUGGCGCAGCCGGAAGAGCCCAGUAGCCCAUCUCCACCCAUGUCGCCGCUGCCGCUGUCCACUCGGGCCCCACCGUCCCCAAUGCCACGGCGUGAGGACGUGGUGGCCCAGCCUGACAGCAGCCUGGAGAUCUUGCCUGAGGACGAGGAUGGCACAGACUCCUAGCCCCUUGAACCUGAUCAGUUCCCGCAGAUUGCCAGGUCCUGAGGCCCACUGCACCAGGAGCCUUUAAGUCUGCCCGUGCAGUGGAGAGGGUCCUCUUGGAGGUCUUCAGAACCCUCCCACCAGCUGCCAGUGUGAGGCAAUAAACCGUUCUUGUUUUGA